UGAGCUUCAUCUCAGGGACAAGCAGGAGGCAUCGGGCUAUCCGAGCUGGUGUACGGAUCUGAUAUGCAAAAAGAAUACAUCAACACCUUUCUUGAAAAAGAAGGUGUACAAUUAGACCCCGCAAGUAUCGCUGUGAACCCAGUGAAAAGACAGAUCUCUAAACUUUUCUUAAAUUCGUUAUGGGGAAAGUUUGCGCAGAGAUCUAAUUUACCCUGUACCAGCAUUGUGAAUAACCCUGAUGAGCACUUUUGCUAUGUCUUUCUCCCAUACUACGAGGUUUCUGAGCUAAAUUUUAUCGAUGAUGAAACCGCAUUGAUCAUUUGGAAAUACGCAAAAGGGCACCACACAAUCAACAAAAAGACAAACCUUUUUAUUGCAUGUUUUAAAACAACCUACGCCAGACUAGAACUCUACUCCCUUCUGGACAGACUGCAGGAAAGGUGUCUUUAUCAUGACACGGAUUCUGUCAUUUUUGUUCAUCGUGAAGGUGAGGGGCUCCCCCCUUUAGGCGCUUAUUUGGGCGAAUUAACCAGUGAAAUACCAGAUAACACAUACAUCGCAGAAUUUGUAUCUACGGGUCCAAAAUCCUACGGGUACAAACUGAAUACCAGUAAGACGGUUUUAAAGGUUAAGGGGAUCACACUAAACGUUGCUAAUGCUAGGGAUAUUCAUUUUCACAGCCUAAAGGAUUACGUUCUGGAUUACAUCCUAAACGGUGAUCUUGAAUGUCAGAAAUUUAUAUCUGUGGAGCAACCAGGUUUUGUUAGAAAUAAGAAGUUGUGGCAGAUUGAAACAAGACGAUUGCGCAAAACGCAGAGGUGAAUUAGUUGCUCUUUUUAAGAAGGUCCUGGAUCCUGUUUUUGAAAGGCAGCCAUCACGCGAUUUUACAACGAGGUCGUUUGGAUUUUAGUGCCAUGGACACACGCCUACAACACCCUUUUUCAUGCAUUUUAGCAGGUCCGUCCAACUCUGGAAAGAGUUAUUUUUUAAGAAAACUGUUAGAAAAUAC